AUACCAGCUAUCUUAACUCAUAGAUAAAGGUUAGCACUCCGAGCGGUUCAUUUAACCGUGGAGUAAUUAGUCAUUUUGGUUUGUUCAGUUGUUCCGCUCGGUUCAAGAAAUAUGAAGUACGUUUUUGCGUUGAUCGUUGCCCUGGGAUUGGUUAGUCAUGCAACGGCCCUUUCCUGUUUCGUGUGCACCAGUGUCGAAGAUGGGACCUGCGACGGUGAACAGCUGGUUGAAUGUGAUGCCGUCAGUGCUGCCUCGGGAAUGGCGUUGCUGCUGGCGCUGAAGCCCACGAUCCAGGUUUUGCCCAGUACCAACUAUAAAUGCUACAAAUUGGUGGCUGAGGCGAAACAAUCCAGCAGUCAGGCGGCAAUCAAGUCUUGCAUCUAUGACACGGUGGCGGUGUGCGAAGGAACCAUUGCCAAUGCUGACCAGAAGGAAUGCUACACUUGCGAGGAGGACGGGUGCAAUGGGUCCGGGCGAUUGAGAACUAGCUAUAUGGCGUUGCUGGGGCUGAUCGUGAUUUCCUGGGUCAUUGGCAAUAAAUAUUGAUAGAGAAUGACUGUUUUGAAA